AUAGGUGUUUAUUGCGCAUGGGGAGCCGUUGAAGGAAUUUUUGGUAUUUUGUUUGGCAUCGUACUUUCUUACGGCGGUAUUAAAGCAGCUAAGAGAUUACAUGAUAAUGCAAUUAAACGUGUAUUGAGAGCGCCAACAA